AUGAAGAUAGGACAAUCGAGAACAAGCACUGACAAAUAUAUGGACUUACAGUGGAAAAGAGAGGCUGACGAAGACAGAGACAGACAUAGGAAGAGAAAAACCGGACGAAGAGGCAGAAGAGAAGAGCGACAGACUAUGGAAACAUCAACCACAACCAAAAAUGUCCAUGCCAGUGCUGCUCAUGUCGAUAAUGAUAUUGAUAGGGAUAACGAUAAUGAUGGCAAUGAUGGUGUUGAAGACGAUAACGAUGAUGAUGAUGAUGAUUUUGGUGGAGGUGGUGAUGAUGCUAUAUGUUCAGGACUCAUUAAAAUAUCUGCGGAAUGGACAGAUGCAAACACUGAACAGAUACCAAGAACGGAACAGGAAAAGGACCCUGCGAAGCUAGUAAGAGAUGAAUAUCUACCUUAUGAAUUGGUCUACGUUGCUGUGAUAUGUGUUGGCGUAGGUUGA